AUGGUCUUUGCUCAACUUGUUCGUCGAUACUUGACCUUCAAGGCUGCGACUGGGACUUGUCUCCUCAUCGGUGGCUUCUACGGCUACAGCCAUUACAUUAAACACGCCGACGACCGUCUCAACGAGCGUGUGAGCGCUGCUGGUGUGGCAACGGCAUAUCUUCACAAACACCAAGAGUAUGAGACCAAGAGCCCGGAAGCCCUCAAUUGCCAUGCCGCGGCUCAAAAACAACUCGGCUCCUUGCUCGAGCAAGCAGCUAGUGUGAUCCUGGUCGGCGGCAAUCGCGGCAGUGGCAAGACGUGGACCGUCCGCCACGUCCUGUUCCGUCACCUUCAGAAGAACCCGGACAAGCUGGUCUAUGCACUCACCACGGCGGGUCCAAUGACGGAAGCGCGACUCGUUGAUGCUUUAGUCGACACAUUCAACCUGAACUCGCCUUCCAAAGUUCGCGACGUGACUGUCGGCUCUGCCGGACUCGGCAUGACUUUGGUUCCAGCUGAUGCUCAGCCAACAGACCGCUACCGUCAAGCUAUCAAAGCCAUUGACAAGUUCCUUGAUCAGCAAAAGAAGGAGAACAAGGCUGUGUUGCUGGUGGUGGACGACCUCGAGAACUUUGGCGCAAGCGAGACCGAUCGGGACAUUGCCCUCGCGCUGAUGAACCAGCUCCAGAGCUGGGCGAUCGAUGAGAAACUCAAAGUCAUCGCAAUUUCGAGCUCUCCUGUGGCCAGCGACUCGCUGACCGACAACUUGCAUGGAACCCAAAUGCAUCGUGUUGACAUUGACGCCCUGAACAGGGACGAGGCCGUGGCUUACACGAAAGCACUUAUGAGCAUCCAAAACGCCCCCAACACCGUCACACCCGCAUUUCUGGUGGAACAUGUCGGCGUGCUGCCAGCCCACCUCUGCGCCGCCGUUGCUCGCUUGGCAACCAUCAGUGGGCCCCAGCUAGUUGUCGAGCUGCAGCGCGACGCCAAGAAACAGCUUGUCCGCACAAUGGUGCACUCGCAUCGCGUGGGCGAUACAACGUUUUACCCCGUUCUCCGUGCGAUUCUGAAGAAACAGCUGAACAUCCGUCACCCGCUCGUGCUCUCUACAUCGCUUGAGCUGCUGGAGAAGAAGGGGCUGGUCACCUUCAACAUUGAAACAAUGGUCUACACAUUUGUGUCCCCCGUCGUAACGGCUGCCGCUAGUGACUUGGCUCGACAGAGCUGGUGGCAUUUCUUCUAA